CUUGCACGUGUUGCAAAGCUUCUUUAAAAUCACAGAUGCGUGUGGGAGUUGCCAUCCGACGUCCCCUCCUGCUAAGCAGUAUUUAGAGGGCAGACAAAGCUUAUGACAUCCACUUCUAACUCCAACCAAAAUCCGAGCCCAUGAAAAAAACAUACAAAGCUCCUCUCAUCAAUGCCUCUUAAUUCUUUAUUUAUCUUCUUCCUUCUCCUUAUAUCAUGUCACUGGAUCGGAACCGAGGCUGCCGGUGGCCGGUGGCAACUUCUGCAGAAAAGUAUUGGCAUAACAGCUAUGCACAUGCAGCUCCUCAACAAUGACCGUGUAGUAAUCUAUGAUCGAACAGACUUUGGCCCCUCAAAUCUGUCUCUACCAGAUGGGAAGUGCCGGAAUGAUUCUUACGACCUCGCACUCCAAAAUGACUGUACUGCUCACUCAGCGGAGUAUGAUGUUUUGACAAACACAUUUCGGCCUCUUAUGGUCCUCACUGACGUUUGGUGCUCUUCCGGGGCUGUAAUGUCCGAUGGCCGCCUGAUUCAAACCGGUGGAUUCAAUGAUGGCGAACGUAGAAUCAGGAUUUUCACACCAUGCAGCGACUGCGAUUGGGUAGAGGUGGGGAAUGAACUUGUCGCAAGAAGAUGGUAUGCCACCAACCACAUAUUGCCAGAUGACAAACAAAUUAUUAUCGGUGGGAGAAGGCAAUUCAACUAUGAGUUUUAUCCAAAAAAUGGAGCUUCAAAUGUGUACAGUUUACCGUUUCUUGUUCAGACAAAUGAUCGUGGCGUCGAGAACAAUCUCUACCCAUUUGUUUUUCUUAAUAUUGAUGGUAAUUUGUUCAUUUUCGCAAAUAAUCGAGCGAUAUUGUUCCAUUAUGCGGGAGGAAAGGUGGUGAAAACUUACCCAGCAAUCCCUGGAGGUGACCCACGGAGCUAUCCAAGCACGGGUUCUGCAGUCUUGCUUCCAUUGAAGAACUUACAAGGAACGGCACUUGAAGCUGAAGUUUUAGUUUGUGGUGGUGCACCAAAAGGUUCCUAUAUCCAGGCAACAAAAGGUAUCUUCGUUAAAGCAUUAGAUACAUGUGGGCGAAUGAAGAUAACCGAUCCAAAUCCACAAUGGACAAUGGAGACCAUGCCUCAAGCAAGAGUCAUGGGUGACAUGACAUUGCUUCCAAACGGCAACGUCUUAAUCAUCAACGGUGCUGGAGCUGGUACUGCUGGAUGGGAAUACGGACGGGACCCAGUAUUAACCCCAGUCAUAUACGGACCCGAACUGGGAAUUGGCUCACGGUUCGAGUCACAAAACCCAAACACCAUUCCAAGAAUGUAUCACUCCACAGCAAUUUUGCUGAGGGAUGGAAGAGUUCUUGUAGGUGGCAGCAACCCUCACAUAAACUACAACUUCACAACACCUUUAUUUCCUACUGAAUUAAGCUUAGAGGCAUUUUCUCCUCCAUAUUUGGAUAUAGACAAUAACAGUUUGAGGCCAAAAAUCGUGUCUCCGGCAUCCGAAGCUGCAAUUGGAUACGCUCAAAAACUAGUGAUACGGUUCCAGGUGGGAAGAAGCCCAGUAGAUGCAAAACUGGUGUCUGUGACAAUGGUGUCACCUUCAUUUACAACACAUUCCUUCUCUAUGAACCAGAGAUUGUUACAUCUUGGGAAUGAGAAAGUGACACUUGUCGGAACGGCGACGUACGACGUUCAGGUGACCACUCCACCUUCGAAAAAUCUUGCGCCGUCGGGAUAUUACCUGUUAUUUGUUGUUCAUCAGGAUAUUCCCAGCGAAGGCAUUUGGAUUCAAAUAAAGUAAUUUUUUUUAGACUCCCAUAUGUUACAUAUAACUAAUGCAAUAAAUAUUAUUGCAUUAGAUAGAAUUAUAAUUUAAAAGGAAAUGUUUAUUUAUUAGUUUUUUUUUUUUUU